AUGGAAAAUGAAGACAGUCAAGUUACACAGAAUGAAGGAUGGCUCAAGGCCUGCCAAGAAGAGCUGAAUCAGUGCUUCAAAAAUGGUGUUUGGGAUUCUGUUCGCAGGUCUGAUAAAGUUACCAGCAAUACUCUGAAGUGGGUCUGUAAGGACCAGACUAAUGAAUACGGAACUGUUGUCAGGCGAAAGGCUCAUCUUGUAGCUCAGCCAUACUCCGAAGAAGAAGACUGUGACUCUGAUGAAAAUGUUGCUUCCGCUGUCUGUUUUGAAUCUCUGCAUCUUCUGCUUGAAGUUGCUUGCUUUCUGAAUGUACGUCUUCAUCAUAUGAGUGUUAAAGAAGCUGUGUUGGAUCAUGAGCCUGGGUGUGCUGAACGUGUACUACAUCCUACAGAAGUUGUGUGUACUGUUAAUCAGACUAAAGGUGUCUGGUAUGAUAACAUCACAAAGUACAUGCUAGCAAAUGGAUGUAUAAGAGGAAGGGCUGACAAAAAUUUGUUUGCUCUGAGGUCUGGAGGACACUUGUUAUUUGUACAAGUGUAUGGAUGUGAUUUGGUGUUUGGAAGCACUAACAUAGGGAAAACGGCCUAUUCCUCCAUGAACUAUAUUGUUGCUGAUUUUUUAUACAUGAAGUAUUGA